AUGAACACUAAAGGUUCAGUCUUUUUCUCCCCGGAAUCAUCGCCAUCGCACGUACAAACUUCCUACUUGACACACAACUAUACUUGGUGGAUUGUCGCAGCUGUUUUGUUGGUUUUUCUCAUUCUAGUCCUGCUGUGUUUCUGCAUCAGCAAGAACAAGAAGAACCUCUUCACCUGCAUCUGCAACAAGCUUUCUCCCAAGGAACAACAAGAUCUGGACGAGGAGGAACUGAUCCUGAGGCGAUUCCAAUUGGAGGAAGUCAAGAAGGCGACAAACAACUUUAGCAAGAAUUGCCUGGUGGGGUCGGGCGCCUUUGGAGACGUUUACUUAGGAGAUUUUCACAUCGAUGGGCUAGGUUUCUUCAAACACAGAGGUGAGGUUGCUGUCAAAAGUAAGGCACAGGAAUCUUGUUUGCUUGGAAAUCAGGUCGCAAAUAUUUUGGUUUAUGAAUUCGUGCCAAACGGCUCCCUGCUUGAAUACAUUUUUGGGAGGGAUGGUAAGAGCUUAAGUUGGAGGGAAAGAGUGAAGGUCGCAAUUGGAGCCGCCAAAGGAAUUGCGCAUUUGCACCAUGGACUGACGCCCAGCAUAAUUCAUCGAGACUUAAAACCUAGCAACAUCAUGAUCGAUGAGCAUUUUGAGGCAAAGGUUUCAGAUUUUGGGCUAGUGAAGUUGGGGCCCAUCGAGGAUCAGUCUCACGUAAGCACCCAGAUCAAAGGAACACCGGGUUAUCUUGAUCCAGCCUAUUGUUCAAGCUGCCAUUUGACUCCGUUUACAGAUGUGUACAGUUUCGGGAUAAUCCUCCUUCAGCUCGUCACUGCUAGACGUGCAAGGCCUUGUUUGGAGAGUGGCAAUGUGUUGGAGAUAUUAGAUGCUAGACUUCUCCUGGAGCCUUGCAAUUUGGAAGUGAUGCUUAAAAUGGGACAGCUGGGGUUGAAAUGUGUUGUGAAGGUUCCCAAACAGAGACCAACAAUGACACAAGUAUGGCAAGAGCUGGAGGAAGCUCUCAACUCAGCAGACUCUAUAAUAGGAAAAAGAUCCUCCUCGAUGAUGACCAUCCGUCAUGAUGGGACCCACAGAUCCGAUGAUCAGGAUUGUUCUCAGAGUUUCGUGAGCAUUGAUGGCAUCAGACUGCAGAGAUUUCAUGUCGAUAUGGAUGGCUUCUCUAUGAAGACCACGAGCCUGAAGAGUUUCGAAUUAGCCAGUGUAGUUUUCUCGGAUGAUGGGGACCACGACCACACAGAAGUCCAUGUUAAUCAUAGUUCGGUAUAG